UGUUCAUUUCCGUACCCGACUGUUCCCGGAAUGACAAACGCUAUCACAAUCGAGAAUGUUCCUUCACAAAACCAGGUCACAGUUUCCGUCUCUAGAAUGAGCUGCAGAAUCUUACAUUUUUCGCCGAAUCAACAAUGGCAUAACACUCUGUAACCACAUGGCACAAGUGUCCACGAUCAGGCCAACGGGAGCUAAUCGUGAAAAAGUUAAGAAUACGGCUGCGAAUGUGAGUGUUUUAGUUUAGUUCCUGCCAAACGUCACAAUGACAAGCUUGGUGGGAUACUGCGCCUGACUGGAUGACGUGUGCUGCUACAUACAUCGGAUGUAUGCCUCAUCCAUCCAUAUGACGUGUUCGGUCACAUAUAUAGGAUCCAGCUCAUUGCCGGACACAGAACUGCUGCACCCACGUUAGAGACGUGUAAAGCUUCAAGGAUAAGGACAACUCAUAGCGACGUAAACCAGGGCAAUGUCGUCUUCCACCGAGUCCCGGCUGACAGGAGCGGACAUCGGAGUCCUCGUCAGUUACUUUGUGCUUGUCAUCGGUAUCGGGCUGUUUGCCAUGUACAGAGCGAACAGAAGCACAAUAAGUGGCUACUUUCUAGCAGGGAGAUCCAUGUGGUUUCUUCCGAUCGGCGCGUCUCUGUUCGUGAGCAAUAUCGGAACGGAACAUUUCAUCGGGCUCGCUGGCUCGGGUGCUGCAAGCGGCAUCAGUGUUGGAGCAUGGGAGCUCAAUGCUCUGAUGAUCCUGCAAAUGACAGGGUGGAUAUUCAUACCUGUGUACAUAUCCUGCGGGACCUACACUAUGCCGGAGUAUCUUGCCAAGAGAUUUGGUGGAAAUCGACUGCGGGUCUAUUACGCUGUUUUAUGUCUUAUUCUCUACAUCUUCACCAAGUGCUCGGGGGAUCUUUACACAGGCGCGUUGUUCAUCCAGCAAGCUCUGAACUGGGACCUGUACGUCAGCAUUGUGCUCCUCAUCGUCAUCACUGCCGUCCUUACAUUCACAGGUGGUCUAACAGCGGUUAUCUAUACUGACACGCUGCAGGCAACAUUGAUGGUGGGAGGAGCCCUCUACCUCAUGGCAGCGGGAUUCUAUGAAAUCGGUGGGUUCUCGGGGCUUCUUGAGAAGUAUCCCCAGGCAGUUCCAACCAACGUCAGUGCCAUUGUGCCCGGUACCACCUGUCACCACCCCGACAAGCAGGCGUUCCGUAUGUUACGUGGGGCAGGGGAUGACUACAUGCCGUGGCUCGGCUUCCUCCUCGGACAAACGCCAGGAUCAAUCUGGUACUGGUGUACCGACCAGGUGAUCGUUCAGCGCGCCCUGGCGGCCAAGAGUAUAUCACAUGCUCAAGGGGCCACACUGAUGGCUGGCUUCAUCAAGAUACUUCCUCUGUUCUUCAUGGUGAUGCCGGGGAUGAUCAGUAGAAUCUUGUAUCCAGAUGAUGUUGCUUGCACCAACCCAGACUAUUGUAUGUCUGUGUGUCAGAGCAAAACAGGCUGUUCCAACAUCGCUUACCCUAGACUGGUCCUGGGGCUCAUGCCUAAUGGUGCCCGAGGGCUGAUGAUGGCUGUGAUUGUAGCAGCUGUUAUGAGUGACCUUGACUCUAUCUUCAACAGCGCUAGUACGCUGUUCACUAUCGACAUAUGGAAGCGGAUCAGAAAGGCGGCAUCGGUUACGGAACAGAUGAUUGUCGGCAGGGUGUUUAUCGUGGUGAUGGUCGCUGUGUCUAUCGCAUGGGUUCCCGUUAUUAAGGAAACCCAGAGAGGUCAAGUGUUCAUCUACAUCAACGAGAUAACCAACUACUUGGCACCACCCUUCGCUGCAGUGUUUCUCCUAGCUGUACUGGUUCCCCGGGUCAAUGAAAAGGGUGUGUUCUGGUCUCUGAUGUACGCUUUCCUGGUCGGAGUGGUGCGUCUGUUCCUGGUCCUGUCCUUCCAGGGAGAAGGCUACUGUGGGGCGCCAUCUACCUCGAUCAUGCCGGCACUUGUGAGGAACAUGCACUACAUGUACUUCGCCCUGUUUCUCUUCCUGUCCACUGGUCUGAUAGCUCUUGUCAUCAGUUACCUCACACCGCCUCCACCAGAGAUAUACAUACAGAACACAACCCUGUGGUGCUACUUGAACAGGGACAAGCAGAACAGCGAGGACAGCGAGAACACAGACGUCGACCUGAAGAUUAUGAGCGCCGAUGACAUUCACGAAGCCAACACCAUUAAACCAGGGGACGGCCAUGUUGAUAGUGCAAUGACAUCAGAAGAUGGAAACGUGGAAGAGAAAUUUGUUAGACUGCUUCACGUAGAAAAGAAAGAUCCUCCAAGCAUUACCAGGAGAGUGUUGAACUACGUUUUGGGUAUCGGCGACGUCGAGGAACAAACCAAUGAUGACCAGGGACUGAAAGAUCACAUGCUUGUCCUAGCCGCCCUCAAACAGACCAGGCUAGAGAAAACAAUCCUGACCAUCGGCCUUCUGAGCAUACUCUCCAUAGGGGUAGCCAUGUUCAUCUUCUGGUCCGUACAUAUCUUCGACACGAAGCCAUUUUAUCCUGAAGGUGCCCAAAGACUUCUACCUGGGGAUGAACAAUUUCUUGACAAUUUCGUAAAUUAUUCUACCUUGUCAUAUACCGGCACAAAUAACAAUACUCGACCAUAGUAAUAUGACAUCAAUGUUUAUGUGCAUGUUCUAUCCUGAAAUGUUGAUUAUUCUCAUGCCACAUCGACCAUUGGUAUGUAAAUAAAAGCGACAAAAUACUUUCCAUAUUCAUUAGAACACUGUGCUAAAAGCUGAGUCUAUUGUACGAGUAUGUUUUAUCACUUUCUGUACAACUUUGGACUGUUUUCUGCAAGUACUAAAUUUAAUUAUUUUUCGAGCAUAUAAAAGAUAUCCAUUGGCAAGCUAUUAUUUUCAUGUUGUAGAAAGCAUGAAAAGGUGUCUUCUUUAGUAAAUAUUGAUAAAUAUUGCAUUCGAUAUAUUUUGAUGUUUUUCAAAAAUAACAUUAAUACAGUGAAAAACCAUUACUCCCGAGGUAAGUUUUACAGUAAAAUCUUCCGGAUUAAUGUGAACUGACAGGAGGAAAAAGUGCACACCCAUGUUUGAUGAUGGCUGAAUGAAACAAACAAUAAAUAGUUAUUUGAUGGUGAUGUAUUUGAUACUGGUAUGGUAGUUGAACGUUUGCAGUGUUUUGUUGACUGUUUUUACCCCAAUAUAAAAUUGAUACCAUUUGUAAUUUGUAGGUCAAAUCCAACUUUUAAGUGUAUACUGUCUUUUGUCGGGCAGAUUAUUUUAGCGUUUGUAGUAAUAAUCGUCCGGAAGGUAAUAUUAGUGUUUUCGGAUUAAGGUGGUCCUAUCUAACGAAGUGUUCGCUGUGCUAUUGUCAGCAACGUUUUUGAAAAUAUACUGUUAAUGCCCUGAUAAUUAGAAAAAUAACAUAUCUUAUGCUAUUUUGCUUGAAGGUAGAAUAAUAAUCGUUAAAAGUGGCCGUCAGCCAGCAAUACUAGUAUCACUGGCUUGUCUGUUCAGGUAUAGCUACGUAUAACUCAUGUUGGACAAUGUAAACAGGUAUCACAAACUGCUUUGAAACACAUGUGUCAUAAACACUUGUAUUGAAUUCGUUAGGCUUACAUCUGAGCAUUUACCUUUUUGGUCCUGCUUUUGAUUGAGUCGUCCAUUCAUAGGUUGGAUUACAAACUUUAUGCGAGUGGAUCAUGUAUAAGGUCUUCUUCCUGAGGCAAGGGAGUUCACUGACUAUGAAAGUCCAGUUUCCACCCAACUUACUUGAAUUUUGUGGCUCGAUUGCAGCGUCACCAAUGCCAAUUACGAGUUAUGUCCCUUCAAUGUCCCGCCUAAUGACCAAUCAGAUUUAACCUCUCACAUCACUUGCAUUUGGUUCAAACAAAAUGUCGGCACCCAGUCAAGAUCUGAUCGAUUAUCAAGAUCUUUAUUGUAAUAAAACGGGUCUUACCUCGAGAAGUGCAUCAAUUCACCUGAGCACCUAGAUUACAAACAUGAAAAGAUCUGGAAACUAUCUUUGACACGGUACACAUGCUUUGUAAAUCCUGCAAUGGGCCGAAAUCUGCACGGCAGUCGCCAUGUUGUUUACGAACUGGAUGUCGAUUUCGUGACGCGAUUUCUGAUAGGACUGUGCAUAGACUCAUUAGUCCAGCUUAAAUAGAACUCCAUAAUUACAGCGCUGGUCGGCAAGGGUUGAAGUUGGACUUUUUAGUCAGUUAAUUCUCUUGCCUCUGGAAGACGAAUGUAUGUUUAUUCGUUUAAUCAAAAUUGUUUACACGAUGCAUAAGAUAUGUAUAGAUAGAUGUAAAUGAAAUUUCAUUUUAAUUGCAAGCUAUUUGGGAAAAUGGCUGAACAAAGAUAAUCAACCAGACCUGUGAAAAUCCAUGUUUACAAUAUGAACAUGGACAACCAACUGUAUUUUGUAGAUAGAAUAACUGAUUGGAGAAGAUUGUAACAGUUAAGGGUCUCGAAUAAACUGACACCCUAGCGGU